GUCGGGAGUCGAGCCGUUAGUAUCGUUGCCGUUGCGACAGAAACGGUGGUGGUGUGAUGUGCAUCGUGGCGGAGCGCGUAUCCUGAAGGACGGGCCAAGUACGCGAAGGAUAUUACACACGGAGGUAUCCAGAGGCUAACUGAACCCCUUCCUCCCCCGUCUUUCCGCCGUCGAGCCCCGAUACUUCUGCGAGAUCGAGAGAGUCGCGCCCGCGUUCUCCAAAAUUCGUCGAAGCGCGGUCCAGCUCUCCUCUUCGCUUCUUGACGGCCUCCUCUUCCUCGUGCCCGCUGAUGCCCACACGUACAGUCGGUAGCAAUAACCACCACGUAAUCGCGGUGAGUGUGAGGUGAAGCUAACGGAAGAGAAAGAGAGAAAGAGCAACCGAGAGCACUCGACGACGACGACGAAGAAGAAGAAGAGAGAAAGAGAGUAUAAGAGAAGAUAAAAUAUCAAGAUGCCGUGCUCCGCGGUGACGCUGUCCCUUGCUACCAUAACCGGUAUAAUCGCCACUGCCCUCCUGGCGAUCGCCUUCUCCACGGACAACUGGCUCUACACCGAGGUCAAACGCGCCCAGAUCCAGCAAUACGCGAGCAAGCAUGCCGAGCAGAGCCAUUUGGUGGAGCAAAUGAACACGAAGUAUUAUUAUUACACGAGGACUCAGGGCCUGUUUAGGAUAUGCUAUCCCAAAGAGAGGCCACCAACAGUCGAGACUUAUUUGAGUCCUGUGGAGACGCAUUGCAUGAAUAUUGACUAUUUCAUUCCCGAUGAAGAAAAUCAAACGAGGGGCUUCUCUGACGACGCAAUGGCACGAUUACAUAUGGGAAGAUCCGUGAUAGCUCUAUUCAUGGUCGGCUUUCUCGCGAUAUUUUCGGCAUUCUGGACAGGAGUAGUGGGCUGCUGGAGAAGAUCACCAGGGAAUAUCACAGCCACGGCAAUUCUGAUGUUAUUCGCCUGUCUACUGAGUGCUGGCGGUAUGGGUCUCUGGCACGGCGUCGAAUAUUAUGAAAAAGAAAAAAUUGUCGGGGAGGAAUAUUAUCAACAAUGGAGUAACGUUUUAAGGGACAACACGGCGCAGUGGUACGAUUGGUCGUUUUACCUUGCCUGGCUGGGAGUGGCUACGUGUCUGGGCGCAAUGACGCUAUUCCUGAUCGCGGCAUCUUGCCUGAGAAGGGAGCGUGCCCGCGAGCAGGCCCAAAACAUUCAGUACAUCAUGCCAGUGUACCCGCAGAAACAGCAGUACGCAUACGCCGGAUAUCCGGCACCGGCGGCGUAUCCGGGGCCGUAUUAUCACGGUUCCCAAUAUGGGCCCUACAACUACUGAAGGAGCUCGGCCGGUCGGCAUCGAUGGAAAGAAAGUGUCCCGAGCGCGUCAGUGCUCGUCGCCAACAUCGAAAAUUCAUCUUGUCAGCUUGUCACUUUUGGCAGAACGAGGACUAAAAAUAUUCAACACUCAAUUCGAAAAACUCGCCGAGGUCGAUCCGUGAACAGUCGAUUCAAAGCGAAAUGGCGUACCGUCGACCUCGGGCGUAAAUUGAUCCCCCGAUUCAAAAUUUCGUGGCUCCGGAUAUUGCGCGAGCUGUGAAAACGCGCCACGAGAUUCCCCAAAAUGCAAACUCUUUUCUUCCCGCGAUAGACCGAUCGUUUAACUCUCCAUCCGACCGGGAGCAAGAACCCAGGCAGCACGAAGAUCCGGAAGAUGAAACCCGGAAAGAAAUCCGAAAGGAGUUUGAGAAACGAAGGAAGGAACGUCUUUUGGACGUCUUUCCCCUCCCAUCUUUUGAACGUUUGCGUUGUCUGGGAAGUCCGACUUGCGCGAGACGGUUGCUCAAAAUGUACGUGUACUUACACUUUAGGAACGAGAUUACUUUGUAUUUUUUUUUUUUUUCAGUUCGAUAAGUAAGAUAUCGAUCAUCCUUCGUUCUUCCCGCGCGUGCUGAUCGCAAUUGGACGCGAAUUCGCGCUCCUCGUGAGAGAUACGCGUACCCAUCGCGCGUCGUUUUCCAUUGGACUCCGACAAUCGGUUUCACCGACGAGCUUUCUCGAAUUCCCAUUAACGAGUGCAAUACCGACCGAUUCAUUCAUCACGGUCCCCGGCAAAAAGAAAGGGCCCGACGGAAAAUGCGGUCGGGCGACCCAAACCGCCGCGGAUUUAACGGACGUUAACUCGCCUCGAUGAAACUCGGCAAAAACAGUCGUGAGUCACGUAUAAUUGAUUCGACUACCGUCGAUUGGAGAUUAGAUCUGCGAGGCUUGGCUCGCGUUGACGUACCGUGCGCAUUUACUAUUAUUUAUUUAACGCGAUCGAAGCUCAAGCCCCUCUCGAGAGAAGAGGAGACCGUCGUCGAAGCAGAGCAAAAAACGACGCGAAUACGGCAUCACGCUCUCGCCUCCUUGGUAGUACCGAAUAUUAAAUAAAUAUUCUGACUAAGAAUUUCGCGAUUUCACGAAAAAUUUUUUAUGCACCGCAAACUUGGUUUUAACACUUUCGAGCCUAGCGGAACGAUAGGUUUCAGUUGAAAGUGUUGAGAUACGCAAUUAAAAUAUAAAUGUGAUUUAAAAGGAAGUUAUGCUAGUUUAUUUCCUUGAAUCGUUUUUAUAUUAAUUGUUAUGUAUAUUAAUUUUUAUAUUAAUUGUAUUUUCAAUGAAAAUCUAUCGUUCCUAGCCAUCGAUGUGCUUGUAUGAUGCAAGAUCGAUUAGAUUUCGAUUAGUUAGAUUAAAAAUUUGGCUUGAAAAUGUCAAAGCUACUUUCUCGGGCGUAUAUAAUCUAACCGCUAACGUAAUAUAAAACAUUUAUAUAAUAUGUGGUGCUACGAGGAUCGUUACGCGAAGAAUUUGCGAAGUUCGUUUAAUAUAUAGAUUUUGAUAAUGUUGACUUUUGUAAGGUUCAUUACAUCGAUAUCUCUUUCUAUGUAAGAUGUUUAGGAAGUAAAGAAAGAUAUUUCAAUAAUUUUAUAUAUUCUCAGCAAAUAAACUAAAUUCAAAUUGCUCUCUUUUCCUCUCUUUCUCUUGCUCUCUUUACAUAUUUCAUUUCCAUAUGCAAAUAAAUUGCUUCAUACACAACACACACACACGCGCGCGCACGCGCGCGCAUACACGCAAAUGUAACUUUCCCUUUUAAUUUAUCUCUCGUCGUAGUUUAUUUUUCACUAGUUUAUUUUUUUGCUCCUUGUAAGCGAGCAAACAGCAAUAUUUUGUGAAAGAAUAUAAAUUAUAUUCAUUGAUUUAUUAUAAAAAUAUAAAAAUUUUUAAUGUAAUUAAAUUAAAUAUAGUUAUGUAAUUGCGUGAUAAAGCUAAGAUUUAGAAAUGAAUAAUAAGACUAAAAUAAAAAAAGUAAAACUGAAAUUUAUAAUAUCUUAGAUAAUAGAAUAAAUAACAAUACAUUAAA